AUUUUCUUGAUAAAAGGGACGACGACAAGUGAGUGUUCGUCAAUCUAGUUUAUUGGUCUCUGUUCGUCAAUAUUUCAGACAUAAAAAAUCAGCAGUCGUUUUACCUGCUCCUUCAAAUUGAUAAAAAGUUUAACUUAAAUUAUAGAAAUGGAAGUUGUGAAAGCUGGCGACAAUGUGUUGAUUAUUUGGAAUAAAGAUGUUGUAGAUGAAAUUACAAACUUGGUAAACGAAAUAAAAACCGCAGUUCAAGGUGGAACCGUAGUUCUGGAAAACUCUGAAGUUAUUAGCGAAGGUGCAAGACAACAUUCGUCAUUUGACAUAGUAUUGUCCAACUGGUUGGCGCCACACACUGUUCAACACACAGAUGAACUCUUGGCGAUCAUAGUAAAACUCUUGAAACCCAGUGGGAAACUGUUACUAAAAGAUACCACAGAUCUGACCACUACAUUGAAGUUAAAUGGGUUUAUAAAUAUAACUAAGAAUGCUGAUAACAUUUAUUUGGCAGAAAAACCUAAAUUUGAGGUUGGAUCAAAGGCAUCCUUAAAGCUUAAUGGAAAAAUAGCAGCUACAGUAUGGAAGUUGGACAGCACUGUAGAAGAAGCAUGGAAAGGUGCCAAUGAUGAUGACAUUAUUGAUGAAAACCAACUACUUGAAGAAGAGGACCUUCAAAGACCAGACCAGGAGUCUUUAAGAGUAUGCUCCACUACGGGCAAGCGGAAAGCGUGCGCGGAUUGUUCUUGCGGCCUUGCUGAGGAGCUACGUGGCGAGGUGAAGGACACCCCGAAAUCUUCCUGUGGAAGUUGUUACUUGGGUGACGCGUUCCGUUGUGCCACGUGUCCGUAUUUGGGGAUGCCAGCGUUCAAGCCCGGUGAGAAGGUACUUCUCGAUCUCAACUCUGAUUUAUGAACGACUCUACUUAGCCGCUAGCGCAUAAAUAGUAUUCCAUUGUUGUGAUCACGCUUAUAAUAAACGUUUUCUUUUUUUAAGAGUUAUAUUAUUUUGAAAUUUCCAGUAUGUGUCCAUUACUGGAUAAGUUACAAUUUGUUAGGAUAUGUGUAUUGGUAAUUUAGAUGGAAGUCAGUGGUUUGAGAUUUUAAUAUGUAUUUUGUCACAUGUGUAUGCCUUUAAAAUUAAAGUAAUAAAUUAAGUAC